AUGUCGAAAACAACAGCCAUUUUAAACAACCACAGACUCCACAAAAUCACUACACUUAUCCGAUUCACAGAAACCUUCUUCCUCCUAAUUAUAAUCUCUAACUUUUCAUCUCAACUUCCGUCCACCUUGAAACUCGCCGGAGAUUAUCUCCACAGCAGCAGUCUCACUAUAUUUACCCCAAAGUUCGUGUUCCUGAUCGGUAACCUAAUAAUACUGAUCCUCUUUUUACGAUCUCGAGUUGUUGAACAUGUUGAACACAAGGAUGAGAUCGGAGAUGGUGAUAUGUGCUACGAGUAUGUUAAGAUGUGUGAUCAGAGUGUUGUGAGUGCUCCGGUUAAUGUAGGUGUUGUUAGUGAUGAUGUGAGGAUUUGUAGAAGCAAAUCGGAGAAUUUGAUGAGUGUGAGAGGUGGAAAGCGACGGGAAUUGAGGCGGUCGGUGACGGAGAUAGGGUUGAAGAGUGAUGGUGACAAUGGUAGGGCGGCGGUGAAGGAGGAACUGAGUUGUGAAGAUUUCCGGCGGACGGUGGAGGCUUUUAUCGCGCGGCAGCAGAAGAUUUUGAGAGAUGAAGAGUUGUCUCCGGUGGUGUAA